AUGCUACCCUUAAAUUUAUUAUUAGCUUUCGGUGUAGCAGUGCUAGUCGAUGCUAUCCCUAUCGAUAACGGCGUAGAGGGUGAGCCGGAAAUCGAAUGUGGGCCGACAGCUAUCACAGUCAACUUUAACACACGAAACCCUUUCGAAGGACACGUAUAUGCCAAAGGUUUGUAUGAAAAUCAGGAAUGCCGGAAUGACGAAGGUGGACGACAAGUAGCUGGCAUAUCGCUUCCAUUUGAUUCGUGCAAUGUGGCAAGAACUCGAUCGCUGAACCCGCGGGGUAUCUUUGUCACGGCAGUAGUGGUCAUCACAUUUCAUCCACAGUUCAUCACAAAAGUCGAUCGAGCGUACAGACUGCAGUGUUUCUACAUGGAGGCCGAUAAAACUGUUAGCACGCAAAUUGAGGUUUCCGAAAUUACCACUGCGUUCGCCACCCAGGUGGUGCCAAUGCCGGUCUGCCGAUAUGAGAUUCUCGAAGGUGGUCCAUCCGGACAACCAAUCCAGUAUGCCACCAUAGGACAGCAAGUGUAUCACAAAUGGACUUGUGAUACAGAGACUGUGGACACGUUUUGUGCUGUGGUGCACUCUUGUUUCGUGGAUGAUGGAAACGGAGACCACGUAAAUCUGAUCAAUGAAGAAGGAUGCGCUCUCGACAAAUAUCUUCUCAAUAACCUGGAAUAUCCCACCGGUAAGUACUCGUCACUCGUUGCAUCAAAAAGCAGUUCCCCAGCCUCGUAG